GGGAGCAACUUCCCUUUUAUUGAUUAGUAAAGUAGCUGUCAGCCAACAGCGCUGUCCCUUGAAUGUUGGGGGGACGGCGGCCGCGAGACCCCUGAGCUUAUGAGCGCUCAGUAUGGGAUCGCUUAUCCCCGCGCAUUGCUGGGGUGACCAUGGCUGCAAUAAUACAGCUCGGGCAGGAUGACAGAUCUCCGCUCUCCUAGCUGCCCACGCCCGCCCCUCUCGUGCCCUGCGGGCCCACAUCCGCGGAGUAACGGUUUGUGCAGCCUGACCUUGCACUCAGUCUUUACUGUAUAAUUUAUUUUGCAUAGGCGAUCGCGAGUACUGCUGGGAGGUUCAUGUUUGGUUUCCUUCAUACAGGAAAGUUUGGACUUGUGAGAUGGAAGCUAAUGCAGGGGAUGAGGGGAUUCACUUUCAAAGCUACCCUUUUGAUUUUCUGGAGUUCCUGAACCAUCAGCGUUUUGAACCUAUGGAAUUAUAUAAUCACCAUGAACAUGCCAAGGCUGUAGCAGGUCUUCCUUGCCCUCCAGCACAGUAUGAUUUAAAUCAAGCUCAAACCAAUCACAUACAGUUUAGCACUGGCUCCACUUCUAAGCCAAAAGAAUUUAAGGUAGAAGCAUCAUCUUCCACCCCUAUAUCCCCACCCAAAAAGUCAGAUAGCACCGUUGCACCGCAGUUCAGUAGCCCUCCUAUUACAACUGCUCAGUCAAUUUUUGAUGCAACUUUUAACCCCCAGCAGUGGGGAAUUGUUGAUCUUUCCAGUCAUCAACAUCUUCUGAACAAUCUGAAGCGUACAUUCCCGGUGGCACAGCAGCUGAAUACCGAAGAAGCAAAAGACGAUAAGAAUUACUUCCGUCGAUUGAAGUAUUUGAUUGAUCGUCGUUUUCCUUGUACAGUUUGUCAUAAAUCAUUUAAGCAAUCCUCACACUUAGUCCAGCACAUGUUGGUGCACACAGGAGAGAGACCCUAUGAAUGCAACACGUGUGGACGAACGUACAACCACAUCUCUAGCUUGAUCAGGCAUAGGCGCUCUCAUAAAGAAGAGCAAGGAACACAAGGAACUACUAAUAUGUCAUCGAUAGAUGGGGAAACUGCGGCUGCUGCUGCAGUAGUUGCGGCUGCUGCUGCAGCAAUGUCUGAUUCAGUAGUGGCAACUGAGAUGCCUGUAACUGGCACUGAGCAGAAUAUUCCUUUACAACAGGAUGGACCUUUCACUUGUAGCCUGUGCUGGAAAGUUUUCAAAAAGCAGAGUCAUCUUCAGCAACACCAGAUCAUUCAUACUGGAGAGAAGCCAUUCAGCUGCAGUGUAUGUGAAAAAUGUUUCAAUCGGCGUGAAAGCUUGAAGCGUCAUGUAAAAACGCACACCGACUCUGUUAAAGUGCAGUGUGAGGUUUGUGGAAAAGCUUUUCGUGAUACCUCUUACCUUUUGAAACACCAAGCAACACACACAGGUGAAAGGCCAGACUACAAGUGUGAUGUGUGUGGAAAGUCAUAUGCUGCUUCACAGAGCCUUUUAAGACACAGACAAAUACAUGAGCAAGGUCUUCCAAUGCAGCAGCAAUUAUCGCAACCACAACAGUCUCUUAAUGAGGUCAACAAAGAACCAUGUACAUCUGCUACAUUAGAGGAAACAUCUCUUAUCCCCACAGAUACUGUUCAGGCCAGUUCAAUAGCUGCUAGUGUUUUAGGAAAAUCUGAGUUUAUUUAUGGCCCUUCAUCACUGAGGAGGCCAUCUCUUCCAAAUAGUGUUGGCAAAAACUUCUGCUGCACAGUCUGUGGUCGUGGGUUUGGUAGACGGGAAACAUUAAAACGUCAUGAGCGUAUACACACUGGAGAAAAGCCACAUCAGUGUUCUGUGUGUGGCAAGAGAUUUAGAGAGUCUUUCCAUCUUACUAAACAUCAUGUGGUACAUACCAGAGAGCGACCAUACAAAUGUGAUUUGUGUGGAAAGGUUUUUGGCUAUCCACAGAGCCUUACCCGUCAUAAGCAGAUUCACAGACUACAGCUUCCUUGCACAGUGCCAAUUGGAACUCUACCACUUGACAGACUAACAUUUGGGUGUACUGAUUGCGGAGAGAGGUUUCCAGAUUCCUUCCAGCUCAUGAACCAUAAGGAGUUACAUAUGAAUGAAAAACCAUAUGUAUGUGAUGCUUGUGGAAAAUGCUUUGGUUUUAUUGAGAACUUGAUGUGGCAUAAACUGGUGCACCAGACUGCUCCAGAUCGCCUUCUUCCUGUUGGGCAGUGUCAAGAUACUACUACAGGAACCCAGGAAUUAAACUGCUUAGAAAAUGGGCUUUCUAGUGACAUAGUAACUGGGACUGUAGUAGCAGCAGCGGCUGCAGCUGCUGGUGUUACAUCUACUUUCGAGGAGCACCCCAUGAUCCCUAGUGGUGAAAGGUUUUCAUGUAGUAUUUGUGGUCAAAGUUUCAAGCACUUCUUGGGUUUGGUGACUCAUAAGUAUGUGCACUUGGUAAGACGUACUCUAGCUUGCAAUGUGUGUGGCCAGAACUUUUCAGGAGCCUAUGAUCUGUUACUUCAUCGGCGCACACACUUGCAGAAAAGGCAGUUCACUUGCUCUGUAUGUGGCAAACGUUUUUGGGAGGCUGCUCUUCUAAUGCGCCAUCAACGAUGUCACACUGAAGAAAGGCCUUACCGAUGUACUAUUUGUGGAAGAGGCUUUUUACAUUCAUGGUACCUUCGUCAGCAUAAAGUUGUACACACAGGUGAAAGAGCUUACAAAUGUGCAUUGUGCAACAAGCGUUUUGCUCAGUCAUCAUCUUUAGCAGAGCACCAGCGCCUACAUGUUGUGGCUCGUCCUCAGCGCUGUCCAACCUGUGGAAAGACUUUCCGUUACCGCUCUAAUCUUCUAGAGCACCAACGAGUACACAUGGGAGAGAAGGUUUACCGAUGUGAUCAAUGUGGUAAAAGUUUCUUCUACAUUUCCUCAAUCCUACGACAUCAACGCUCCCAUGAUGCUAAACCUGAUCUUCGUUGUUCUUGCUGCCUGAAACUUUUCAAGGAUCCUAAAUAUUUCAGCAAACACAUACAAACCCAUCAGGGGGGUCGACCAUUUAAAUGUGGAGCAUGUGGAGAAGCUUUUAGCAAUACCUAUGGAUUAAAGAAGCAUAGGCAUGUACAUAAAAUGGAGAGACUAGCUGCAGCUGCUUUAGCAGAAGGACAAAAAGCACCAUAACAAGCUUAAACCAGUUUGAAAACCUAUUUGCUCAAGUUUGCUGUCAUUCAGAUUACAUUUUAUUUUUCCAUCUGUUAUAUAUUAAUAAGAUACUGUAAUUUGCAGCUCCAUAGCUUAAGUGGUUGACUUCUUCAUAUGAGACUUUCAACAGAGCUCAUCAUUGCUUGUGACUCAUUGCUGGAUAUGUGAAUAGAUUUGGUAUCUACUUACAAAUGCUAGGAGUCUAACUGAUGAAGCUGCCAUUAUUGCUUAUCAGCUUCAUAACAAAUAUGCACACUUACAUUUUGUAUACAUAUUUAAAUCAUUAUUUACUAACCUAAUGUAUCCAUUAGAUUAGCUAUUUUAUAAAGAUAAAAUUGUGGAUAAAACAGAUUUGGUGGGAUGGCACCCACAUAAAAAAACCUUACUGGUUAAUAAGGAACCUCCUAAAGGUCAGCUGAUUAGAAGUUUAUAUAAAACUUUUUUUUUUUUAACCAAAGCAAUAUAUACCAUGGUGCAAUUUUAAAUUUAAAGAAUGACCAUGUCUUUUGACUGGAUUAACGGUAUCCAAAUACGAAUUUAAAAAAUCUAAUGCUAAAUAGGUUUGAUCUCCUAGUAGAUAGCUUUAUCAUAUCUAUUAUUUAGCAUCUAUUUUUAUAUAUUUUUUUUCAAUUCCAAAGCAGCAAUUGUUAUUUUAAAUUUUGUAAUUGUUCAUAUUUAAGGAACAGGAAAAUUAAUCAAGGGUGGUAGAUGUCAAAACAGGCAGUGACUAAAAUAAUCAGAAAUCAUAUUAAAUUACUAAACCCAAUUAACUGUAUUUGAAAAGUUUCAUACCUGCCUGAAAAUAAUGAGAAGUAUUUUUUUUCCACAUAAAUGCUUUUUUAGCACAUAAAUCAGAAACCGUCCUUUAUGUAAUUAAAUCGGGCUUUGUCGAAGUGAUGUGAGUUAGAAGAUUAAUAUAUAUUUUGUUUGUAGCAAGUCAGUGAUAUCAUGAAUCUUACAGUGCACCAGCCUAAGUAUUUUUUUUCUUCCUUAUUUAUAUUUAUCUUUUUUAAGUGUUAGUUGAACUUAUGCUUUUAACUUUUAAUGUAAUUUAUUACAUUGCAUAGCUGGAUAAGAUACAUUAAAUAUGUGACAACCUAAA